AUGAAAGAACUUGAAAUAUUAUUAUUGUUUUGUUCAUUUUUUGGGUUGUUAACUUGUUUAUGUAAUCAUAAGACUUAAUGUUUUGAUUAGAUUUUAUAAAAAUGCCUAGAGAUUGAUGGAUAAUAAAAUAUUGGGAAAUAUAAAAAAGAAAAUCUCUGUAUAAAAAACUCUGAGAUUGUUGGUUUUGGUGAAGUUGAAUUUUGCUCUAAUAAAUUUAACAGCAUUUGCUUAACUAAAGAAAAAAACAAAUGUGUAAAGAUCAGCGAUAGUGAUAAUUAUGUAGCAAUAAUUAAAUCUACUAAUUAAUGUGUUAGUCUGAAUGAAAACAUUUCUAACUCAAGCAAUCUUUAAGAGAUUUCCUUCAUUAAGAAGGGUUAUUGCUAAAGUUUAAAUGCAACAAUUAUUAAAGGAAAUCCUGGUGAGUAAUUUAAAAACCAUUAUUUAUGCUUAGAUUAACAUAAAGAUGUAGUUGAAAAACAAUUAAACUAAGAUUAUUGCUUAGAACGAUCUACUUUACAAACUUAAGUAUUAUAAAUGGCGUCUGGAAGGACAAUAGAUGGAAUUUGUGUAAAAGAAAAUGAAUACUACAAAUAAAAGGUUAUAUGUAACAUUCAAUUUUGUCAGCAUUAAAAUUAAGAUGAAUAAUUUACUUGCAUUGCCUAUGAUUCUCAUUUAGUUAUUGAAAUUUAAAAAAAUGGUGAUUGCGUUCAAAAUAAAGAAGGGUUAAGGAGCCUAUAGACUGCGGCUCAGUGUACAUAACCCAAUUUAUGCUUUGAUAGUCAAGUAAUAAGAUGCAUAAAUUUAGGAUCUUCUUAAAGCAGCUUGGCUAAGCUAUCAAAUCUUACAUGUGCAGGCUUAAACGUUGGUUCUUCGAUUGCUUGUUAUUCUAGUUAUCCUGCUUGCUUAUCAGAUUAAGGUAUCUGCCAAGUGGUGUCUUCUUCAAAUAGCUAAUUCGUUGGCUUGAGGCAGGGAGGACAGUGUGCUCAACUUAAUUCUGUUUAUUAGGAUUUAAGUAGUUGCUCAUCAAGCGUGUGUCUUACAUAAUAUGGAAAUUACCCAAAUUAAUUUUGUGCUACUUUUUAUGGUUCUUCUCAAUCUAUGAUGUUUGAUUGCAAUGAUGUUUCUUAAAAGUCUACAUAUUGUAAAGAUCCAGCUGGGUCAAUAUGUUUUGAUCAAUCUUCUCAAUAAUGCUAUUAAACAUUGUCUUUUGGUGGAUAAGGAGCUGGUUGUUAAUAUUAGGGCACAUGCUAAAUUCUUUCUAAUUUUUAAUUUAUUGGAAGAGCCCAGCCAAAUAAUCAGUGCCUUUAAAACUAUCAAUAACCAAAUUAAACCUUAGAAACAUGCUUUGACGAUCCUUAAAAUAUAUGCAAAUUCAUCUCAACAGCAGCAGCAACAACAACAACUACCUUUUGUGUGAUAUAUCCAUAAAGUAGCGAUUAUCUAGGAUUUGUUUCUGAAAACAAAGGCUGUGCAAUUUUAAAUUAAGUUACUCAUUAAAUAGGAUACGUAGCUGACGUAAUUAAUUUAAGAAAAAACUAUUGCUAAGAUUCAAGAGGAUACAUACUAAAAUUAGAUUACUCUGAUAAUAUUGGAGUAGACUCAUACAGAUAUUCAUGUUUAAAGUUAAAUGAAAAAGCUAAAGAUACAGUUAUUGAAUGCUAAAAAGGGUUUUGUGCAAAUUAAGACAGAUGCUAAAAAUAUGAUUCUAUUAUGAUUGGGAAAAACUAAAAUUAGGUUUGUCUACAAGAAAGAUAACCUACUAGCAUAGAAUGUAACAUUGACGACGAUGACGUUUGUUUUGAUACAAUUGCUUUAGCAUGCAAUCAUUUAAGUGACACUUUACCAAAUAGUUAAGGUAAAGUCAUUAAUGGUUAAUGUGCAUAAGGUGGAUAGUAUUAUUCAAAAAUAAAGAAAUGCUCAUUUAACUUUUGCAUUUAGAAGUAAAGUUCGGAUCCAAACUCUUAAGAAUGUUGUUUCGCGUUUGAUCUAAGUUAAAAUAGAGUAGGAGUUGAUGCUAACGGAUAUUGUGUGCAGUUAGAUUAAUAAAAUGCUGUAAGAUGUAUGAAAGGAUAAUAUUGCUUAGACAAUCAUGAUGGAUUUACUUGUACAAAAUUAAUUUUAUCAAAAACUUUAAAUAAAUAUUCAAGACAAAAAAAUACUAUGUUUUGUCUACCUUACUUAGAUCCUUAAAUAUAAGGAGAUCAAAUAGAAACUUGUGUACUUGGUACUUGCUUAUAUAGAGAUAAUAUUUCUAAUAGGGAUUAUUGUGUUAUUGAAGGAACGAUUGCAAAAGGCAAUUUUAUUGUUGGGAUUGAUGUAUAUUAAUUUUGUAUAUCUAAAGAUCAAAUCACCAUUAAUUAAAUCAUUUCUUGUGUAGGAUAAAACUACUGCAUUCUACAAGUUGGACCUGGAUAACAAAAAUGUGAGGAGCUUUAAAAUUUCGAUCCAAAUUUUCCAAACUUGAUUUAUAGAGCCAAAAACUUGGACAAUAGCUGCUAGGAUUUAAAUAUGCCAAAUAGUAUCGGUUGUUUGGAUGGUUUAUACUGUAUAAAUACUUAAAAUAAUAAUUAAUGCUAAGAAAUAAAUGAUCCUACAUAAUUGGAUUAAAUUGGAAGAGAUCUAACUACUUAGAAAUGUUUACCAUAAAGAUAGCUUCUAGCCAGCAAAUGCUAAACCGAUUACUGCAUCAAUUAAGGGAUGUGUAUUCCUUUAUCUGAUAAAUAUCCUGGCAAGGAAAGUAAAACUCAUUAUUGCCUUUAAUAAUCUGAUCAUGGAUAAUACGGAGUUUCUAACUGCUACAAAAAUGGGUAUUGUAUUGAAAUAAAUUAAGAUGGUUUCUCAGUAUGUAAUAAAUUGGAUUUUAGUAAUCCAAAUAGAAUUGGUGUUCAAAAAGAUACUUAAGUCUGCUUAAAAUAAAAUUAGGCUAUAGCAGUGAUGUGUGAUAUCUAAAAAUUUUGUAUAAACCCUACAACACAAGCAUGUUAAAUAAUAGACAUAACAUAAAAUAUGUGCGUUGAUGCUAGUGGAGUAUGUGUUUAAAAUGGAUCUUGCUAAACUUGUAAUAUAGAUUAAUGCAAAUCUCCAUAUUUACAAAAUUUAUGCAUUAAUCUUAUUUAGCCAUAAGCUACCUAUUGUAUAGAUUAAUUUGGUAUUUGUGCUCCUUUAAAUAGCUAUAGAUGUGUUUUUUGUCCAGAUGGUUACUGUGAUAUAUACAAAUAAGGAAUAUGUGUAAAUGGUGCUAAUUUACUAAAUUUAAUAUCUGGAAAUUUUUGUUAUACAUAAUUGAAGAAUUAAAAUAAUAAGUGCGUGUAAUAAAAAGUUGAUACUAUUAGUAGCGAUGGAAAUUUUUAGUGUUUAAAUUCAUCAGGAAUGUGCUAGGAAAUAUCAAAAAAUAAUAAUUCCUGUUUAUUAUGCCCAUAGUACUAUGUUAAUCCAGGUAACGACAAAUGUUUGAGUUUAGAUGAAAAGGCUGCUUUACUUAACACUUAAUAACUCUAUUUUAGCAUGCAAUUAAUUUACCUAAAGCAAGAUUGCUACGAUAAUUAGUUCUGCUAAAAUGAUAACACAAAAAAGUGCCCUAAAGGAUGUUUUUCAUGCACUUCACAAUAAUUUUGUACAUAGUGCAUACAAGGCUAUUUCCUUUAUUAAAUUUCCCCUAACUAAUAAAAUUGUAUUAAAUGUUAUUUGGGAGUAAAUUAUUAUACAUAAGUACAAUCAUUUUAUUAAAACACUCCUACAUAUUCUUGCUUAGAUUGCUCUGCGGAAUACGGAUUGUGGAAUUCUACUCAAAGUAUUUAUAAAACUUGUUAGAAUUAUAGAGUAUAAUAUGACUAGGAUAUUUAAAUAUUGGCAAAUCUUUUACCAGCUUCUAAUUUUUAAGUCUAACAAAUCUCUGGAGAAUAUUAAUUAGUAUUAUACUAGCCUAGCUUAUGUCCAAAUGAAUGUUUUUCUUGUAUUUAGAGCUCUCCAAGUUCAGUUAUUUGUACUCAGUGUAAUAUUGGCUAUGUUUUAAGUAAUGGGAUAUGCUAAAAGUGUCCUAAUAACUGUUAAAAUUGCUAAUAUGCAACAUUUAUAUCGGGAUUUGCAUAACUUAUUACAGAAGUGAGUUUUGACCAAAAUAAAUAUUCAUACUAUAAUUUUAUUUUAAUAUGUUUGUAAUGCGAAUAAAAUUAUUUGGUUUAUUAUGAUUUGUAAUCAUGCUAAAAGUGUGGAAAUUCCUGUUUAAGUUGCUAAUAUGAAAAUGAAGAGUCAGCCCUUAAUUUAAAAAAAUCAACUUUAAGGAUAAUAAGUUUAAAUGAGUUUAUUUUAAAAAAAUAUAUUUAAAAAUGCACUUAAUGUUUUGAUGGAUACUUUUUAUCUUAUGAUGGUUCAUCAUGUUUAUAAAAUAUUUAAAAUUGUGAAUACAGUAGUCAAAUAGUGACAUAUGGAUCGUAAACGUACGAUUUAACAGAAUAAUUAUGGACGUAUACAAUGAUUCCUAUCUUAAAUUAAGUUAACUCGAUUUGCAAGUAAUGCAGUUAAAAUUAUAUAAUAUCAGCAGAUUAAACUUCUUGUAUAAUUGGAUGCGCUUCUUAUACCUCGUAAACGAAAUGUGCAUUAUGUACAACGGAUUCUGCUAAUAAGGCUCUUUGUUAAUUUUGUAAAAAUGGUUAUGCUUUAGAUAAUUCUUCUAUUCCGCAUUCAUGCUAAGAAACAAAGUGCUAAGAUAAUAUUUAUAGAUGCAAUGAAUGUUAUUCAUAUUUAGAUCUUUAAUCAAAUAAUCUUAUUUACUAAUGCACAUAAUGCAAAGACCAAUACUCUAUCCCUUCUAUUAAUGGUUGUCUUAGAUGCCCUGAUGGAUGUUCAGAAUGUUAUGAAGGAACAAGACAUUUUAAUUAUACUUCAAUAAUUGUUUACAAAAGACCAUUCUUAAAUCUUUAAGAGAGAUUAAAUUACAAUUCAAGUUCUACAAAUUAUUAAUUGAUAUGCACAAAAUGCUUGUAAGGUUAUGAAUUUAAUUAGUAAUUGAAAUAAUGUGUAAAACUCAACUGUGGAUAAUACUGCCAAUAAUGUACUUUAAUAAACGGUUAGCCUUAAUGUAUCUAGUGCAAUUACAAUUUAUUAGCUUCAUUAAUUCAAAAUCAAUAGUAUUUUAUUGGAACCCUUUACUAUUAAAAUGCCUAAGAUUUUAACAUUAAGAAUAUGGUUUCUCUUAACAAAGCUGGGAAUGAUUGCUAAAUUUGUCCAUUAAUGUGUGAUACAUGUAUAAGCAAUAAAGAUAUAAGCAUCAAUCCUCUUUAUUUGUAUGAUGCCUAAUGCUAUUCUUGCAAGAAGUCUUUACCUUCAAGUAAAAUAUCACAAUCUACUAGCAUUACUUAUGAUAAACAAAGAAGAAAAUGCUACUUAUGCCUUACCAACGAUCAAGGUUGUUUUUAUAAGAAAAAGCAAACUAUAUAUAUCUAGUGCUUAGAUACUAAUAGUAGAAAAGGUGAUGGGUCUCUUUAAAACCCAAUUAACUAUAAUAGACUAAAUGAAAUUUAAAUAGAUAAAUUUAUUUUAAAUGAAAUAGAUUAUGAUCAAGCUUUAAUUUUUUAUAAUGAACUUUAAGUAAAAUAUUUAGAAGUUUAAUUAAUAUUCUUAGGAGAUUUUUGUUUUGACCAAAGGCCAUAGACUUUUGCAACUAAUUUAAAAGAUUCAAUAAGAUCUAUUGAAAAAGCUGUAUUAAAUAUAGAUUGUUAAACCACUGUUGCAGGUUAGCAAAUGAGGUUUUAAUAAAAUAGCAUUUUUAAAAUUGAAGGGUUCAACCAAAUUUAAAUAAAUAACAUUUAAUUUGAGUAACAGUUAAGUAACAGCUAAUUUGGUUUGGUUUUAAACUAUAGUGACUUAAACUUAUUUUAGAUGUUUAAUUGUAAAUUUUACUAGCUUCUUCCUUUGUAAAACUCUUUUAGUAAUAAGUAAUUUUUAAAUUUAGAACUCUCAACUUUAUAAAAGGCUGAUAUCUUCUUUUAACAAGUCGAAUUUUAAAACAUAUUUAUCUAAAACAAGUAAUAUCUUAUUAAUAAUGUGUGCAAUAAUAACUAAGAUUCAUCCUUGAAUGUAACCUUAAGCUCAGUAAUUUUCACUAAUGUAACGUUAGAUCAAUCAUCAAUACUUCAGUUGAAAGCAAUAAAUAUUAAAUUAAAUAUUUCAAAUUUAACCUUCAUUUAAUCAAAAUUUGAAAAUAAAGCUAUUGUUUUUGAUGUUUAGCCUAAUUACAUUUCAUCCUAGCAAAUAGAUAUCUUAGUAAACAAUAUGACUAUUUAAUAGACUUAAAUAUUACUUGGAUCUCAAAUUAUAAAUUCAAAUGCUUUAAAUAGUAUGGAUAUAAAUAACAUUACUUUCAUAUAAAAUGCGUUUUCUUAACCAAAAAAUUAAGUUAUUCCUCUUUUCAUUUCAAACACAUAUAAAUUAAAUGGAUUAAAUGUAAUAUAGAAUUCAAUAAUUAAUUAUAGUCUUUUUUAAUAGCAAGAUAGUUUAUCAAUUUCAUUGAAUUUCAUUUAGUACUCAGUUUUUCAAGGAGUGGUGUUUAUAGAUAACUAAUUUAAUUCUAAUGAGUAUUUAUUUUUCUAUUUCAAAAGUUUAAAAAAUAGCAACACAUAAAUUAACGGGAUAAAGUUUUUAAGAAACAAAUUCUAAAAUGAUUAGACUGCUAUGUCUGUAUAGCUUGAAAAUAUAAAUACAGUACAAAUAUUUGAUGUAUUUAUGUAGGAUAAUUCUUCAUUUUUGUUUCUCUAAGUAAAAAGUGCAGUUAAUGUUCUUAUUACAAAGGUAGUAUAAACAUAAACUUAAAAUGAACUUAUGUCUCCUUAAAUAUGCUCAAUGACUUAAAUUCUAAAUUAUGUAAAUAUUGAUAACAUUUAAUAACAAAAUAUAAACAUAGCAAAAAAUAUAAUUUAAAUUGAGACAAGCUAAGUUUGUUUAAAUAGUAAUUAGUUUUAUAAUAACAAUUAAUAUCCUUAAGGAAUAUUUAUAAGCAACAUAGUAAGCAAUUAAGUUUAGCUUUUCUAUUCAUAAAAUACUUAAAACACUUCCCCUUUUUCUAUUUUUUCAAAAUAAGAAAUUAAUAUUUAAAUUUCUAAUUUAAACUUCUCAGAUUAUAGAGCUAUUAUUCAAACAAAUUAGAAUUCUCUUGGACAAAUAUCUUCAGGUUUUUAUUUCAAAGCACCAACUGUUAGGGCUAUCUUUAAAAAAUCUUAUUUCACUAACUUAGACUAUAGUAAUAACCCUUUUAAUUGGAUUUAGGGAUAAGUUAAAUAAAUUGAAUUUAACGAUUGUUAAUUCUACAAUUAAAUUGGUUUAAGUUCAUAAAAUUAUUCAAGUAUUAAGAGUUAAAAAAAUGGAGGCUUUAUCACAAUUAAUAGUGAAUUACUAACUUUAAAAAAUUCUUAUUUCAGUAAUGGUUUUGCAUUUAAUGGUGGUGCAUUAUAUUGGAUACCGUUAAAUAUAGGAAGGUUAUAUAUCUAAAAUACUACUUUUAGUAAUAAUAUAGCAUACAGUAGUGAUGAUUUAGAGGCCUAAGGUGGAGCACUGUUUAUAAAUGGUUUGCAAUCGUUUGGCUUUAGUGUUUUCAUUUAUCAGUCAAUUUUUAAAUAUAAUUUUGCUUCUUUUAAAGGUGGAGCUAUUUAAAUAAGACCAGCUAUAUUGCCAAGAAGCAUCAUAGUUAUUUAGGAAGUAUAAUUUAAUAAUAAUUAUUCACUCCAAGGUAGCAAUCUUAAUUUAGAGAGCUCAGUAAUUGUCAAAACUGCAAUUAUUUUGAAAAAAAUAAUUGCCUUUAACUAAAUUUAAGUGAUGGCUUAAUAAUUUCAAAACUUAUAUUAAAUCUUUUCAAAUUUAAACUCAGGUUAACUUAAAAGUUUUCAUAGCUCUUUAUUUGUAGUUUAAAACUCUUAUGAAUUUUAAAUUGAAAACUCUACAUUUUAAAUAAUCCACUAGAAUAUUGCCACAAUAAAUUAAAAUAUAGUUAAUGAUUUUAUCUUUUAGAAAAUGAUAUUUGUAUUGAAUACUUAUUAGUAUUCUGAGUAUAACAAUACAUAUUCACAAAGUGUAUUCUUGAACAAUCUAGUUAAUAUCACACAAGCAACUAUUCUUAGCCUUAGCAACAACACAAUUAUUGAUAACAUAAAUAUAAACAAUGAUAUGAGAUAUUAAUUAUAAAAUAACAUAUAAAACCUAUUUUUUUAUAGUAGCUAAACAUGUUCUUUGACUUAUUUAAAUGUAAGUAAUAACAUUUGUAACUCUUGUUCUUAAGGGAUUAUUUAUAUAUUUUCUUAAGGUUUGGUAGUUUAGAAUUCAAAAUUUGAAAACAAUUUGGCUUAGCUAGGUGCAGGAUUAUACUUUGAGCAGAAUAAGAAUUCUUAACAAGUUUAAAAAGUAAUUACAUUAGUUUAGAACUGUAUCUUUAAAAAUAAUAAAGCUAUGAUAAGUGGUGGCUCAAUAUAUAUUAAGAAUUCUCCCUUUCUUAUAAAUCAAAGUUUAUUUUAAAAUAAUAAUGCUUUAUAAUUAGGAGGUGCUAUAUUUAUUUAAAAUGAUAAUAUCAUGAUUAAUUAAUUACAGAUUUAAGAUAAUUAUUUUAUCGAGAAUCAAUCUUAGUUUGGAGGAGCAAUAGCAUCAUCAACAGGAUAAAGUGUUAACUAAUAUUCUAAUAACACUUUUAUUUUAAACAAGGCUUAAUAAUAUGGAUAAAAUAUAUAAACUUCACCAACUAAAUUGAACGUCUACAUUAACAAUACUUUAAAUUCUGAUAAUCAAAAUUCUUUAAGAUAAAUAACUCUUCAAAACCACUACGGAGGAUAUAUUAAGGAAAAUAUAGCCUUUAAAUUCUAUUCUUAAUAUUUUGAAGAACUGAAUAUCUUACCAGAAGAUGUUACUUUAGAUAUAAAGAUAUUAAGUGGAUAAGGAUUUAUUAAUACUAAUAAAUUAUAUUAGUAAAAUGGAGUUUUCAAUUUAACGAAAUAGCUAUAAGUAUAUGGUAUUAUGGGAUAAGAACUAUUUUUAUAAAUAACAAGCGAUUAAAUACAAAUUCCAAAUUACAAUAGCUUAGGUUUGAUUGUCAAUUAUUACAGAAAUUAUUCGUUAAUUCUGAAUAUUAAGUUUGCUAAGAUUUGUCCAGUUGGCUAAGUAAUAAAAUAAAUAUACGAUAAAUUUAACUAUUGUAUUGAAUGCAUAGACUCAUACAGCUUCACUAAUUCAGAUACAUGUUAAGUAUGCCCUAAUAAAGACAUAAAGUGUUAAGGAAAUAAGAUUUUUUUAACUUAUUAAUAUUGGAGAGUUAAUCAGUAAUCAUCAGUGAUUUAUAAUUGUAAAAAUUGCAUAGGUGAUUAUAAUUUGAACGAAAAUUAAAAUUAAAUAAUUAAGAAAAAAAUAAUAGUAAAUGAUCUAAACUAUUAUUGCUAGAUAGGAUAUAUUGGUGCUCUUUGUGAAGACUGUGACAUAACUGGAUAAAACUGGGGUAAUUCUUAUUAUAUGAGCUUAUAUAGUGUUCAGAAAAAUAAAUGCUUGAUAUUUUAUAUCCUAUUUGUUUUGCUUUAAUAUCUGUGCUAAUUAUUCACAUUAUAACUCAUAGCUAUCACAUAUAAAUCAAGAAAGGCUUGUUUUUAAAAAUAUUCUCAAUUUUAUUUAAAAAAUAAGUUCUUAUCCAGAAUUAAAGCUCUCUUAGUGCUGUUAAACUGUUGA